AUGACCACUACCGUAUUUGUCUCGGGCGCAACAGGUUUCAUUGCGCAACACAUUGUCAAAAGCCUUCUUCUCAAAUCCUACAAUGUGGUAGGAAGUGUAAGAUCUGUUUCCAAGGGAGAACACCUUAAAUCCCUUUUCAACUCUAGUCAAUUCACUUUCGAGGUCGUCGAGGAUGUCCAAAAAGCUGGUGCGUUCGACGAUGCCUUGAAGAAACAUCCCGAGGUGACGGUGUUUCUCCAUACGGCCUCGCCAUUCCACUACAAUGCCACCAAUGUAGAGGAGGAAUUGUUGAAGCCUGCAGUCAAUGGUACCAAGAAUGCACUUGCAGCAAUUAAGAAUUUUGCUCCGCAGGUGAAGAGGGUCGUGGUGACGUCGUCUUAUGCUGCGGUUUCGACUGCUUCAAAAGAGACUGAUCCUAACCAUACCAAUAACGAAGAUACCUGGAACGAGACCACCUGGGAGGAGUCUAAAACCAAUAACCGCUUGGGAUACCGUGGUUCCAAGACCUUUGCCGAGAAGGCUGCAUGGGACUUUGUCAAGGAUGAGAAGCCUAACUUCACCAUCAAUUACGUAAACCCAUCUUUUGUAUUCGGUCCACAGGCCUAUGAUUCCGAGCUCAAGGAGAGCUUGAACACUUCCUCUGAGAUCUUGAACGGCUUCCUUAAAUUGACUCCCGAGCUGCCUGUGCCUGAAGUGGUUGGUGGCUAUGUAGAUGUAAGAGACGUAGCCAAAGCACAUUUGGUUGCAUUCGAGAAGGACAUCGCCAACGAGCGCUUGUUGAUGAACGCAGGCAGGUUCUGCGGCCAAGACAUUUUGGACAUCAUCAACAAAGACGUCAAGUCUUUGCAGGGCAAAGUUCCAGUGGGAGAGCCAGGAAAGGGUAAGGAGAUCAAUGGAAAGAUGUGCAAGAUUGUGAACGACAAGACGAAGGCUAUCUUGGGAUUCCCACUCAUUGAUUUGGAGACCACCGUGGUGGACUCGCUCACGCAAAUUUUGAACAAGCCCAGAUUGUAA